AUGCUCCGUCUAAGCCCCGACGAGUCAUUCCAUUUCGAGUUGUUGCGACUCCUCGCCCACGCAACAUACGGAGGUGCCGACGUUGGUGAGGUUCUCGCGAUCGCUUCAGAAAUCACUCCCGGCGACUUUGAGUCCUUCCACGAUGCCUUCGUCAAGCGUGCAGAAAGAAUUCUGGAGCAAGAAAAUAAGGCAACCAAUCCGAUAUCAAUUCGCGACGCCAUGUUCCGAGCAUCUACCUAUUAUAGAGCUGCCGACUUCUACAUCCACGGCGAUUGGGAAGAUCCACGCAUCUUGUCUCUUUGGGACAAGCAGACGGCAUGCUUUGACCAAGCAAUCUCUCGACUUCCCAUUCCCGGUUAUAGGCGUGUGGUCAAGGGACCAGGCUUCGACAUACCCGUCAUCUUUUUCCCGGCACGUGGGACUACCGACGAGAAAUUGCCGACCAUAGUCCUCGGCAAUGGUUAUGAUGGCUCCUUGGAAGAGAUGUACCAUCAGUAUGGUGCUGGGAUCCUAGAACGUGGCUGGAAUGUUCUAUGCUACGACGGCCCAGGGCAGAUCUGUGCACGCCGAUACCAAGGAAUCGGUUUCACGCACGAGUGGGAAACUGUCGUCUCUCCCGUUCUUGACUUCCUGGAAACAUUGCCAAUCGUCAACAUGAAGCAGAUUGGGAUCGUCGGAAACUCGAUGGCAGGAUUGCUCGCAGCCCGCGCUGCUGCUUUCGACCACCGCCUUGCUGCGGUAUUUAGUAUCGAUGGAUUAUACAAUCUUAUGGAUACCCCCGUCUUCGAUGUUGAGAAGGGCUUGGCUCGAUACUCGGGAGUCCAGGACUUUGCUGCAGCAGAGAAGAUCUUCGAGGACCCGAGUGUACCAACGACAGCUCGCUGGGCCCUGUCUCAUGGUUUAUGGGCUUUCAAAGUCCGGACACCGGCAGAGUACUUGGAAAAAGCAUCCCAUUUCAACUUGAAGGGCAUAGCCGACAAAAUUCAGUGUCCUGUAUUUGUUGCUGAUGCCGCGGACGAUCACUUUUUCAAAGGACAACCUGAAGCAAUGCGGGAUGCUUUAGGUGACAAAGCCCAUUACGUUGUAUUCACGGCAGACGACGCGGCAGGCGAACAUUGCCAUGUUGGUGCUGCAAGAUAUACUAAUCAGGUCAUGUUUGACUGGUUUGAGGAGAAGAUCAUCAAAACAUAG